AUGGAUGAAAGAGAAAGGGAGAUCAGACUACAUUACAAGACUGCCAAUUUCUGUGUAGUAGUCAUCAGCCUGCACAGGCAGCUUCAUUUGCUUGGAGAGCGCCACCUGCUGGCUGAAGGUGGAAAAUAUGACAUUUCUAAAUUCCAUCAGUUCAUAGACCCGUCUAUCAUUCCUCCCGUAAUUCCUCCUUUCGCACCAUCACCAACCACAUCACCAUCCCCAUCACCUCCUCCAACCACAUCACCAUCACCACCUCCAACCACAUCACCACCACCUCCAACCACAUCACCACCACCUCCUCCAACCACAUCACCAUCACCACCUCCAACCACAUCACCAUCACCACCUCCAUCCACAUCACCACCACCUCCUCCAACCACAUCACCACCUCCAACCACAUCACCACCUCUAUCCACAUCACCAUCACCACCUCCAACAACAUCACCAUCACCACCUCCAUCCACAUCACCAUCACCACCUCCAUCCACAUCACCACCUCCAACCACAUCACCACCAUCACCACCUCCAUCCACAUCACCACCUACAUCACCAUCACCACCUCCAACCACAUCAACAUCACCACCUCCAUCCACAUCAACAUCA